CAUGCAUGCCGCACUUGUAAAUACGGCAGCUGCUAAAUCACAGUGGCACUGAGGAAGAAGAUCGAAGGUCUUCCUCGUACCAUCAAGUAAUUUUGACUCUAACUUAUGGAUCGAAGGAAAAGCCUCCGUAAUAAAGUGGCAGUCGAAGGUGAUAAUGUCAGCAGGUAUGUCCACCCUCCGGAGUUCAGGAAUAAAAAUAUGCAAAUAACAAAUUUCUCAAGCUUACCGUUACUUGCCAAUGUACGGGACUGGCUGUCCGUUGAUGAGCAAGCCAUAUUUAAGGGCACCUCAAUCGGCCAUCUACUUUCAGUGCCAGCAGAUUCCAAGUUCAGCAGCACCAUUGUGCAUUUCUUACUUUCUAGGGAGAUUCACAUUGAUGGCAAACCAGAUGAAAUGCACUUUAAGGUUGGGGGAAAAAUACUCCAUUUUGGAAAGAGAGAAUUUGCUUUGAUUACAGGUCUUAGUUUCAAGAAACCCGAGAAAGCUUUUGUAUCUCCCAGAAAUCCUUCAUCCCUGAUGAGGACCCAUUUCCCCAACCAAAAUCAUAUAAGUGGAUCAGAAGUGAAGGAUCUCCUCUCCAAAAGGAAUCCUACUUGCCCUUCUCUAGACAGGGUGAAAUUGGCAUUACUUUUGGUUGUUCACCGCUUCCUAAUGAGCCAUCAAGAUAGAGAUGCCAUAAACAUUAGGUAUUGGCAUUUAGUUGACAACUUGGAGGAAUUUAACAAGUACCCUUGGGGUGAAGUAGCAUUUAAUAGACUGAAAAAAUCUAGAUCAGCACUACUUUAUCAAGCCAACAAAGAGAACAGUGAUUCUUACAAGGGGGUUGGAAUCACACAUGCCUUGUUGGUUUGGGCUCUUGAUAUCAUGCCUGGGCUGCUGGAUCUGUGUGGACGAAAGAUAAAAAUUAGAGGCUGGCAGCCUCAUAUGCUUUGUGUAUUAUGCAUCAAAUAUCCCAUGUAUCCGCUUCUUAUUCGAACACUGGAUGUGAAUAAUGUUCAUGUCUGUUCGGAUAUAAUGUGGCAAAACGGUGAUGAAAAUCAUUUAAUCGAGCUUGGCUUAGAGGAAGGUAACCCCGAGUUAAGUCAUUUUAUCCGGACAGAGAAUGUAAUACACGAAUUCCAUGGUGAGGACUCUUUACAUGAGAGGGAAGAUGGAAAUCAAAGCGAUGAUAUCCCACGAACGGCUCCUGGAUAUCUCUCCAAAAAGAGAAAGAUAAGUAUAGAAGAGAAUGAGAAUAACAUACCCCACGCCAGUGUCAAGGACUAUCGUGGCAAGCAUGUACAAAUAGGGAAUAUGCCAUCUUGUUCUGGAUCUAAAACUACGGGCGUUGAAUCUCUUGAAGUGGGUGAGCUAUUAAAGGAACCCGUGGAUGCUGCAAUGAGUCUGUCCACUUCUAAGGGCCUGACACCUGAUUCUGCCUUGUUAAAUAUCUCGACUUCAAUAGAUGUCAUUUCUUCCCCCCCAGGGUUUACAAGGGCUUUAGCUCUGGAGAGAGUGGAAGGAUUUGAAUUUGUGGAAAACUUCAAGAUCCCAGAAGAGCAUGCAGCCUUGUAUAAGAUCAUCUAUGAGAAGUAUGGCCACAUGGCAACCAGAAAAGUCAUCAAGUUCAAUGAUGAUAUGUUACUCACAUGUGUUAUCAAUUUAUUGAAGAUCAUCUCGGCUAUGGAAAAUAUGCGAUGUUCAGAAUUGACUGAAGCGUUGCUGCAGAGAUGGGAAGGAUCCAUCAAAGAUGCUGAGGCCUUGGAAUUCAAUAUUAAGUGGCUUCGUGAAGGAUUCAAUCGACUCAAGAACCACUGGAGGUCUUCAUUUGAGAGAGAUAAUGAAGUUGAAACUGAUGCACAAGCAUUGGAUGCAAUGCAUGUUUACCUCUCAACAAGAGAAGAUGAACUUAACGCUCUAAUUUUAGAGGUAAAAGUUCAGAAAAGGAAAGCUGAAGAGACGAUUUCAUCCGAGCGAAAAGCUAUUCAAGAAAAGCUGUCUCAGAAAAUCAAAUUUCAGAAUGAGUCUGUUAUAGGGUUAGUGCUUAAUUGAUUUUGUGUACGUACUCGGUGGUUAUGAUGGGAUGAAAGUGAUAUCAGAUGUACAGUCUGUCUGUCUGUAUGUCUUGUAAAUGGGUGUAUGUUGUAGGUCUGUAAAUUGUGGCAGAUAAACUUGCCAAGUCUGGGUAGAAUGUGUCAUGUAUCCAAGCCAUGAGCCACACCGAGCCAUGGUUAACUGAGUGGCCACAAGGGUAGAGUCGGCACUAGCAGAUGUUUAACAGUAAGGUUAAGUCUUGUCCUCGAGUUCCGUGUCAUUUACUGAUGUAUCUAAGACCGUUAGUGUCUGAAAACCGAUUGGGUAUGAAAACCGAUUGGGUAUUUAUUGAACCAAUCUGUAAUCGAGAUAGUCAAUGAAUGAAAUAGUUUUUGCUU